GAAUCUGCUGUCAAAACGUCUCCUCCCUCCACCCACUUUAAAUACCACCAUCUCCACAUCCCACUCAAACAAACCUUUAAUUCUCUCUCAAUCAAUAAUUUCACCUUCCCAAUACAAAGUGGAAAAGGGUUUUAUUUUUUAUUCUGAGUUAUAUAAAUUUGCCAUGGCUGCUAGUGCUUAUGUGUUGCUGAUUAGCAUGUUGAUGCCCAUCUUUUUGUCUUCCUUCGUCUCUGCAGACCCCGACUUGCUUCAAGAUGUCUGUGUUGCAGAUCUUGCCUCAGAUUUAAAACUGAACGGGUUCCCGUGCAAAAGCAACAUAACCGCCGACGAUUUCUUCUUUCCGGGGUUAGCUAAGGCGGCGCUUACCAACAACACAUUCGGCGCAACCGUUACACCAGCCUCCGUCACCCAACUCCCGGGGCUAAACACCCUUGGCGUGUCCAUGGCUCGUAUUGACUACGCACCAGGUGGCCUGAACCCACCACACACCCACCCGAGAGCCACCGAGAUAGUGUUUGUGUUGACCGGAGAACUGGACGUGGGAUUCAUAACUACAGCGAACAAACUCUUCACCAAGACCAUAAAGAUGGGAGAAGUCUUCGUAUUCCCCAGAGGCUUACUUCACUUCCAGAUAAACAACGGUAAAGUUCCUGCAGCUGUAAUUGCUGGCUUCAACAGCCAGUUGCCGGGCACGCAAAGGGCGGCAGACGCUUUGUUUGGGUCGUCUCCGACGGUGGAGGAUCAUGUGUUGACUAAGGCAUUCCAAGUUGGAACUAAACAGGUGGAGAAGAUCAAAUCGAGAUUUGCUCCGAAGAAGUAAACUCACAAGUACAUAAGUGUUUAAUUGAUUUAUAUGGGUUUUAUUGGUUUUGUUGUUUCUUCUAUAAAGGAUUUAGCCAUUUAGGAGCAAACAGACAUUUCCAUGGCUCCUAGAUAUCUGAUUUUUUUAUAAUAAACCGGGCAUUAUCUUUA